AUGGUUAGUUGCAUUGGGGUCAGUGCAAGCGACGAGCGAACGGACGGACGGACGGACGGAUGGCCGCACUCUAAACGCCCGGGAGGGACCGUAGUUGACGCUGUUUGGGCAGCCGCCAGCGGUCAUCGUCGACCGUUGCGUAAAUGUUGGCUCACAUGCCCGAUCUCAGCAGCAUCAUCGCCUCAAAUAGCUGUUGUUUGUAUUGCCGACUGGUCAUCCGUGGUGGUCGCCACAUUCACUUUUGGGAGAAGCGGAGAACGAGAAAUGUGGCUAAAUGCAGCUGUGAAACUUAAAGGAACUUAA